UUCCUGCUCUCUCUCUCUCUCUCUCUCUCUCUCUCUCUCUCUCUCUCUCACACACACACACACACACAGCAUCUGGAGGAGAUCGCAGAGACGCGACGAGGGACAGGUGAAGAUGGAGAAAGUAUUAGGACUUGCCGUGGUGUCCAGUAUUUUAUGUGUCGGCUCGGUUUUGGGGAAAUACGUCAGAGGUAUCGUCAACACAAAAGAGGACUGGGUUUUCCUCACAAGAUUUUGCUUCCUGACUGAUUUUGGCAGACUGAACUUCAAGUUCCGAUACCCCAAGUCCCGAUGCUGUCAGAACAUAUUGCUCUACUUUGAUGAAAGCUCCCAGUGGCCAGCUGUGUACAAGAGGCCGGACAAGGACUGCUACCAGAAAGAGUCAGUAUUGAGGCCUGAAAAUAACCAGGUCAUCAACCUGACCACCCGCUACACCUGGUCUGGCUGUAUGGUGGAAGGUGAAGGUAAUGAAGAGAUGCUGAGUUGUGUAGGAGGGCGAAGUUUUCGUUCUGUCAGAGAGAGAUGGUGGUACAUUGCGCUCAGCAAGUGUGGGAUGAAGAGGCUCAGUUCUGCAUUUGGCCAUCUUCAGAAGGCAGGAGAUGGGCUGCAGCUGGAAUAUGAAAUGACAUUAACAAAUGGACAGUCCUUCUGGACCCAGCAUUUCUCUGCAGAUGAAUUUGGUAUCCUGGAGACAGACAUCACGUUCUUGGUUAUAUUCGCUACUGUGUUUACACUGUCUUGUUAUUUUGCUUAUAAUUUAAAGGGAAGACAGCUGCUCCAUACGACCUAUAAGAUGUUUAUGACUGCGGCUGGAGUGGAGGUCUUAAGCCUGCUUUUCUUUUGCAUUUACUGGGGCGUUUAUGCCAGAGAUGGUGUUGGGAAUGGCAGCCUCAAGAUAUUAGGGAAAUUACUCUUUUCUGUGAGCUUCCUGAUUUUCUUGCUCAUGCUGAUUCUCCUGGGGAAGGGAUUCACAGUCACCAGAGCAAGAAUAAGUCACAGUGGCUCUGUGAAAUUAUCCAUUUAUAUGACGAUAUACACCAUCAUGUACAUCAUCCUCUUCAUUUAUGAAGCAGAGUUCUUUGAUCCAGGCGAGGUGCUGUAUGCUUAUGACAGCCCUGCAGGGUACGGUCUAAUGGGUCUGCAGCUGCUUGCCUACGUAUGGUUCUGCUACGCUGUGCUGGUGUCCCUCAAACACUACCCUGAAAAACAACCUUUCUACAUCCCCUUCUUCACUGCAUACACUCUGUGGUUUUUUGCUGUGCCAGUCAUGGCUCUGAUUGCCAACUUUGGCAUCUCUCGCUGGGCCAGGGAAAAGAUUGUGAACGGCAUCCAACUCGGCAUCCAUCUCUAUGCCCAUGUCGUCUUCCUGGCCAUCACACGUCCGUCAGCAGCCAAUAAGAACUUUCCCUACCACGUGCGGACGUCACAGAUAGGAAUCCUUCUCUCCAGUCCUAAAGGCAUGGGGGCGGAAAGCUUCCCUCAUCAUGCCUAUGGGAAUAGCUCCUUCCUGGGAGACUCUCAGCCAAACUUCACAGAGCUCUUCUCCAUCCACUCAGACCCUGUGAAGACGAUAGACGAGACAGUGGCUCGCAAGGGACAGGAAGUGCCACGGAACAGCGAGCACAAGAUCAUCACCACAACGGCGGACCUGUCGAAUACCUCUCUUCCUCCUCCCAUACCACCACGCAGCUCUGCACACUCUCCCCCUCCUCCUAGAUUAACGUCCCACUUCACUGAGUAUUUUAGUAUGCAAGGGGCCAUGGGGAUGGGCUCCAAUACCUAGAGAGGGCCACAGAGGAACGGGCCAUGAGGAAACUACUUUCAAACAUCUAUGAGGUGCAAAAGAGUUCAAUAUUUCAAUAGAUUAGGUUAAGGCAAGCGUGAAAAAGCAAAGCCAUUUUCAAAAAAGUUACCAAACAUCCAUAUCUUUGAAUUUGUAAAGAGAAACGCAAGCUGCAGAACGUCAAGAGAGAGAGUGGGGCAUAACCUGCUCACACAGCCCCUAAAAAAAUAAGAAGCAAUAAAUAUUUCAGUGAGAUGACAGAGAGUCACUGGAGAGAGAUAAUAUACAGGCAGUGCAAUAGUGACAGGAGACAAUGGUGAAUCUAGAGUAUAGAUAUUUCAGGCUUAAUGUGACCGUAGGAUAGCAAUGUGUACAGUAACAGUACAGUGAGCUCUUGACAUUUUUUAGGCUUCAUUCAUUUCAAGUGGUGCCGCUAAUAUUUGUAUUUCCAUGCCAUUUUAAUUCAACAGAACGAAGUAUUAAUUUCCCUUGCUACUUUUUUUUAUGUUUUGAGAAUUUAUGUAUACAAUUUGUCUGUAAAGUUGAGAUAAUUUAGGUUUUAUAUAUUUUUAUUCACAUUGAAUAAAAGCGAAUACAGCUAGAGACUUUGCAAACUGAUGUUAAACUGCAUUGGCAAGUUAACUGUGGAACAACUAGGCAGUAUUUGUAAGCCAUGCAUGUUUGUGCUUUGUCUACAUUCUGAUAUAUUCAAUGUAAUUUUGGGUGUGCCUAGGUUUCACUGAUAGCGGUCUUAAUUUUGUGUGCAGUACACACUUGUUCAUAGUUACAGUAUGUAGAGAAUAUUUAUCGCAAGCGGAUGAUGAAUGAUGACUAGUUCAUCUUUAUCUCAGUCUUUCUGUAUUGUCAAUUCUGUGCAGGAGUGUGUGGAGUUCAAAAACUAUUUGAACAGUUCUGAGUAAUUUUGUUACGUAUUUGUACAUUUAAUAACCCUCACAGUGGUCUUCAGCAGAUAUGGAGAUCUUUUGUUCUGUCAGUGAGUAGAAAUUAAAUUCAUUCGGCCUGCUGGGGUUA